AAUUAAAGCACACGAAAGCGCUUUAUCUUUAUAGAGAGAUAUAUACAUAUAUCUGCUUCAUUUUCUUCUUCUUCAUUUAUAUAUAUAGGUAUUCUACAUAAUCAUAACGUUAUACACCUUGGACCUUUUCACUGGCUUACGACAACACACUUAUUAACUCUAAUGGAUAAACCUAAUCUUCAUUCUCGUGGUGGACCACCUAAUGACUAUGACUGGCCAGUCACUAUUCUAAUGUAUGUCUUGAUGACACUUCUAGGUCUUGGCAUGUGCUUUUGUCUACGCAAAGCAAACCGGCUGAUCCCAAACCGGCUCAGCUUUCCAUUGGUCUCAACACAACCCAAAGACAUUGCUGGAAAUAGAAGAGGAAGAGGCUAUGAUGCUUCGGAUGUUGAGCAGGGAGAUACUGAUGCUCACCAGGGACUUUUGAGUGAAUAUCAACAAGAUAGUAACGAUGAGUAUGAAGAAGGAGACAACCAAGACGAUGGGUUCCCUAGACCACCUCUACGUGGAGUAACAAUUGCAGGUCACAAUAAUGACAAUAAUGAUGACGAUAGUGCUUCAUUUGAUGAAGAAUUUGGUGAACUACAGGCAGCCGAAGACGAAUGGCAAAAGAACAAUGAGCCUAGAGUCACGUGAAAUGGCAGCACUUCCCUUUUUUCCCCUCUCUCUCUUUCUUUUACUCUUUUUCUUUUUCUUUUUGAACUGUAUAAAUACAUUUACAUAUAAAUCCACAUAUCUUUAUACAUGAAAUGUAUAUAGAAG